ACAGCUACAAAUAGGCUUCGCCAAAACCUCCCCAACGCUUCACCCUCCAUCUACCACCGUUUCCACUUCAACUCCACAGAACUCUCUCUCUCUCUCUCUCUCUCUCUCUCUCUCUCUCUCUCUCCAUUAUAAUUGCUAUACUGGCGCUGCCAACUAUGGAAGCCUUCACUUUACUCAAAUACUGGCGUACCACCGGCGGUACUGGUGGAGGCACUACCGCCCUCUUCACCGGAGACUCCACUUUCACUACACGCACCACUACCAACACUAUUGUCGCCCCCAUCGCGAAUAACAGCCCAUACUCCGACGACGGAGAAGACGGGCCAUAUUUUGACCUUGAAUUUUCACUGGCCGACGACACCCAAGAACCGGCAGGAGAAGCCGUAGAAAACGAGGAUCAAACGUCGGAAAAUGCAGAAGCUGAAAGUGUGUCCGGCGCUGAGGAGUUAUUAUCAGAGAACGAAAACGAUGAAGAAGAGGAAGAAGCAGAGCUGAAAUUUGCUCUCACAAGCGAUGAAAGAGCGGAUCAGGUUGCCACGCUUUCUCCUUCAGAUGGGCUCUUCCAUUUAGUUCCCAUCCGUCCUUCAAGCGUUAAUUUGAGUGGUUUGGACGAAAGCUGCAAAUUCCCUGUUUCUUUACUCAAAUCAGCAACCAAGAUCCGGGUUCUGUUGCUGAAGCUCAAGAAAUCAAAAUCUGGAAAUGGGUUUCUUGAAAAAGCUGAGAAAUCCAAGAAACGUGAGGUUAAUGGGCAAGUUUCGGCUCUUGAUGAGAGAGAAAAUCAGGGCAAAGACAGUGAUGAUAAGAUGCUUACAGUUAAGUUUAAGGUUGACGAGUUUAAGGGACCGCUUGUUUCGCUGUUUGCAAGAGACAAUAGCUCGAGAGCUGCUUCAGAUGAGAGAAAUCUGACAAAGGAAGUGGCGAAGUACUUGAAAGUGCUGAAGCCUUUGUACAGUAUUCGUGUUUCAAAUCUCUACUUUGAGAAGAUGAAGUUUUCCGGGCAGGUGAGCUUUCGAGGAGGAGGUCCCGCGGCGGAGAAAGGGUGUCAUCAGAUGCCGGAAGCGGCGACGCUGAGCAAUGUCAAGACUCAUCAGAAGCAAGGGAGUAACAAUCUCCAGACAGGGCUGAAAGUUGUGCGUAAGCACUUAGGCAAAAGCCGGUCAACUUCCGCCGCGGUGGCGGUGUCCCCGUCGGGAAGGAUGUCGUCCAACCGCCACGACGCGGAGGAUGGGAUUCAAGGCGCUAUUCUGCAUUGCAAGAGAUCAUUCAAUGCUUCCAGGGAUGGCGAGUCUGCUAUGUUGUGUCGGUCAGCGAGCGAUCCAUCGUACGACAAGUCUGUAGUAAUCUCAGCAGCGGAAGUUGAAGGGACUAAGGUUUAGGCAGGGUUUUACUUUUAAUUCUUGUAACAUGUAAAUAUAUGUCAAAUGGAAAAAUUAAGAGCAGCUGAAAGUGCUAAAAUAUUCGCCCUAUCAACAUUUCAGUCUAUGAAAACGAGGUUAUAUGUACUCUUCAAAUUUCCUCGUCACUAUCUUUAUAU